GUUCAGUAUCCAACGUCAUUUGAAAUGGCUGACAGUAAAUCUCUCCCUUUCUCUCUUUUCUUUGCUGCUUUCUUUAUCGCUGCUGUUCAAGCACGAACCUAUCGUAUCCCAAGCUACUUGACAUGCCCUGGUAUCAAUGACACUGAUGCAGAUGCAAAGCCUCAGGUUCGCAUUGGAGUCAUGUUUGAUUUUCCUUUGUUGCCCAACGAGACUCAAGUUUACGAAGAAGCAGGUCUAGAGCCAGGCGAUGUCCUACCAGGAAAACUCCUCAUUCCUUAUUCUCCACUUGCAGUCUCUGCAUACAAACAAGCUGUCAAAAUCAAUGCUAACCCUGCUAUACUUCCUUACCAUCAUCUGUGUCUUUAUUUCACUUUCACUCCAGUCGAUUUCCUUGACAUCAGACUCGGCUCAAACUAUAUCUUUGUUCAUAGUCGAGUGAGACAAGUCGUCAAUGCCCUCUAUGACAUGAAGCAGCACUUGUCUCAUGCAGAACUGAUGGUCCACUAUUCUCCUUUAAUCACUAUUGGUCAUUCGUUAUCAACCAACAUAUGUCCUGAUGCCAGUUUAAGUACGCUACUCAAGGCAUUUCUUGGCGUCCAGUUAAAGUAUGACAGCAGCUGCACUAGUGAAGUAAGGGACACUCAAUUGAGUAUGGCAGCUCCACAUUUAAGCCUCUACAGUGCUGGUUAUUCGUUUGUGCAGAGGAUGGGUUGGAAGAAAUUCGGUUUAAUCACAACUUGCGAUUGCUUCUUGAGAUUCUUCACAACUAGUGAUGAGGUACAGUUAGGACACUAUGUCCCGAUGCGUUUCAUUGAAAUGUUCAAGAUGUCUGGGUUCGAAGAGCAUGAGAUUAACAUAUACAUCUUUUUGGGUCCAAUGGUUGAUUUCUUCAGGCUACUGGUAGAAGCUUAUGACAAUGGGUUUUCAGGAAGUUUGAGGACCUUUGUGUGGAUUGUACUCACUUUCCAUCCAAACAUCACAGAGUCAGAAGUGUUCAAGCAGCAUAGCUUUAGUCCUGAAGAUAAAGCCAAGGUGUAUCACAUGCUAGUUGGAGCUAUAGCGAUUCAACCAUUCGACAACUGUAGUACCGGACUCAUUCGAAGUGGUGUCAUUACUGAUGCCAUUACUGUUCAUUCACUUGCUGCAAUGAGUUGCCUUGAAGAGAAAGCAGCUAAUUCAGGUGUUAAUAUAACCGACGUUAUACUUGAGAGAGAUGAUUAUGACGUCAUUACUCGUCACCUGUUCAACACUACACUAAAUGGGAUUACUGGUAUACUUACGUUUGAUAGAUACUGCAACCGAGUCGCAAAUACUUUUGUAAUAACUAACUUUGUUCCUCAAAGCAAUGCAACUUUGCCGUAUAGGAAAGAAAGGAAAGGUUUUGUGGUUAUUUGUCAGAAUGAGCCAUUGAUUGAGUUCAUUGAUAGCUCCACUGGUUUGAAAUCUGAUGUCAGCACCAUCGUCUUUCAUAACGGUUUAACGGCUAUACCUUCUGAUUCUAUCAGCAAGUUUUACACUAGAAAUAAUCGUGUGAUUGUUGGUUGCUUGAUACUGGAAUUAGUCCUGUAUCUAAUUAUGAGUCUCUUGUAUAUUAUUUACGUGAAUAAAGUGGACAAAAGAGCUAAUGUAUACAAUGAGAGCUGGAUCUAUCAUGACAAUGAUAUAAGCUAUUCCAUUGAUCAAUCUGGUGUUAACAUCAUGUUAAGUUGGCUCACUUACAAUGGGGAUCAAACUAUUGGACAAAUUAACAAUGCUGGCAAUGCUGUGUACAUACACAAGGCAAAACUUAACAUGUCACAACUGAACGUUAAAAUGAGACAAAAGAUACUCACAAUUCUUGAUUUCAAGCAUGAUAACAUAUGCCCUUUUGUCGGAGGUAUAUUGCAAGGUUCUCUAAUAACAGGUUUGAUGUACGAGUACUGUACACGUGGUUCCCUCUACGACCUACUCACUAAUCCUCACAUUGGUUUCAAUAAGUCCUUCAGGCAGUCCUUUGCCAUUGACUGCUCUGAGGGCCUGGCGUACCUCCAUGGUAGGAAGGCAAUACAUGGUAGACUCACUAGUAACAACUGUGUCAUUGAUCAACACUGGAACUUGAAGCUAACAGAUUAUGAACCCAUUGAUAUUCAUUAUACCAAAGUGAAGAGACUCUCUAAAUUGAAAACAGCUGCCAAGAAGAUAUACUAUUUGCCAGAUCAAGAUACUGUCUCGGAUAUAUACAAUUUUGGUGUCAUUUUGACUGAGCUUUGUUGUCGCGAAACUCUACUCAAAUUCGGUAGCAUCAAUUUUGGAAAGAUCCAUUAUGAUGAAGAUGUAGGAGACAGAUAUGUUGAAUUGAUUGAGAAAUGUCACCAAAUGAAGAAGAGUGCCAGGCCAUCAGCAAGCUUCAUUAAAGGAUACUUGAAAGAUUGUCUGUCAUUUUACACUUUCCAUUUUAAGAACGACACUGCAGCUGCUGAAAUGUAUUCCAAGAAUCUCGAGAGACACAUUUUGGAGCUAAACACGUCAAUUCAAGAUGAGAAGAAUGCAAAUGGAGACAUACUGGCUAAUCAUAUUCCUAAACCAGCAAUAAACGCAAUACAGAAUAAAAUUCCUUUAAAAAUGAAGCUCGCUCCUAACACUGUCAUACUCUGCUUUGGUCUGUGUGAUAUUGAUGGCAUACUGAGUACCUACACUAAGGAACAAGUUUCUAAAAUCAUUGUUAUUGUUGAUAGGCUUUUGGAUGGAAUUGCUACCUCUUUCAACAUGCACCGAAUCCAGAGCUUUGGAUCAACUUGGACUUACAUUAGCUACCAAUAUGAGGAGGAGACUGCUGAUAAGCCAGGAGUUCAAGAAGUUUUUAAUUGUGCUGUGAAACUCCUUCUCUUGUUUAAGGAGAGGCAAUCAACUCAAAAGUUAUCAGUUCGAAUGUCAAUCCAUUUAGGUGAUUUGAUCUGUGGCGUAGUGAAUGAGACCAUUCCAUUUCAUGCUGCAGUGGGUGCUCCUAUUGAUGAUGCCACACAACUCAUGAUUCAGUGCCCAGUUAAUGCAGUCCUCAUCAGCGAGAGGGCUAAGAAUGACCUCCCUAAUCGAAUGGGAUUAAAGAAGUUUGAUAAAAAGAAUGAAGAUGUUGUAGCUUACAUUGUGACUGCUGAAGAUUGUGUUGCUAUGAGCGAGGAUCAGGAAAAAUUUGAUUCGGUUGCAAACCCUCUUGAUAAAAUAUGAUUGCAACGAUUGUGUGUGAAGCACUUCAUCUCUGAAACUAUUUAAAUAUUGUAGUGCUGCUAGUUUAGUUUUAGGACAUUUUGGUUUAGGCAUUUUUUUUGUUGAACAAUCAAUAAUAAUGUCAAUGUGUUUUAGUUUUUUUCUCUCUCCUUUUUGUUAAUAAAUUAAAUUUCAUUAAUAAUUAUUAGUGAUUAAUAGCAGGUGUAUCAAUUGCACCUUUCAGGUGA